AUGGCAGCACUCCUAUCAACAUCGGCGUUGAGACGCAGGCUGAGGACGGCCAUCGACAACGACUCGCCCGGGAGGCGGCUGUGGAGUUGGAGCGGGCCGAGUCGGGAGGCGGAAGAAAAGGUUGCCAGGCCGGCGGCUUCGCUGCUCUCGUGGGAGGAGUUACGAGCCAUAGUCUUCGUUCUGCUGCCAUUCUACGUCUUCAGCGAUGGAAUACCAGCCAGGUGGAGCAUCGCCUCAACCGCAGACGUAGUCGUGUGUACAGCCUACGCUGUCGGGGUGACAACAUGUUUCGUCCUUUCCACGGCCUUCCACACCCUCAUGUCCCACAGCGAAUCCAUGUACCUCUCGGGCAUCAAAGCCGACUUCCACGGCGUCCUCGCCCUAAUGUGGUCCUCCGUCUUCCCCCUGGCGCACAACGUGUUCCCCUGCUCUCCGGCCGCGCGGGACGCCUACGUCGGUCUGACGGGCCUGCUGGCCGCCCUCUGCGCCGCGGCGACGGCGAGGCCGGACCUGGGCGCCGUGGACUUGGGACACCACCGCGCCGCGCUGUUUGCUGCGUUUGGGCUCGCGGCGUUUGUGGCGCCCAUCGGGCAUGGGGUGGUGCUGGCUGCGGAUGGUGGACGAGAGGUGUGGUACAAGGUUGGCGGGUGGUGGGUUUUGGGGACGGCGGGGUGGAAUUGUGUUGCUGUUUUGGUGUAUUGGGCCAAGGUUUUGGCUGCUGCUCUUUCGUAUGCAAAGGCCGUUGUGGUGGCUUUCGACUAUAGACAUGCGCAGGAGCUCGUGUGCUGA